UGACUAUUUUUAUGUCAUGACGUAUUUUUUAGUAUGUGAACGCUAGCUGUCAGCGCUGAUAUACACGUACUGACAUGGAAGAGACAGAAAAAAGACGGACACACAAGAAAACUGAGUGUAUAGAUUGGGGUGGAGUUUGUGCACAAACGCCGAUAACAGCCAAAAUGGAAACACGGAAUGAUAUAUUAGUAAAGAAUGCCCAUGACGGACUACCUCAGCCGUCUCCAGACUGUGACAGAUGCUCAGUGAUAUCAGGAGAGUGUCUAUAUUAUCAUUAUGGCUGUGAUGGCAAAGAUGACAGAGGUUGGGGUUGUGGAUACAGGACUGUUCAGACCAUGGCCUCAUGGUUGUGUCUUAAUCAGCCUCUCACUGUGAGCCGCAGACACCCGCCUAGUCUUUCUGAAAUACAACAAACUUUGGUGGAAAUAGGGGACAAACCCGAUUCAUUCCUGGGUUCUAGGGAGUGGAUUGGGACAUUUGAGGCAAGUCUUGUUCUUGACCAGCUCUAUGAUGUUCCCUGCCGCAUACUGCAUGUGCGAUAUGGCAAGGAGCUUGAUCAAGCUGUAGAAGAUCUUCAUGAGCACUUCCUUACCCGUGGGUCUCCUGUUAUGAUGGGAGGAGACAGGGACAAUUCCUCUAAGGGGAUCUUAGGUGUGUGCACUGGUAAAUGGGGAAGUUAUUUGCUUGUUAUGGACCCUCAUUACUUCGGCUGUCCCUUGGAUAAAAAGUCAUUGCAAAGUCAAGGUUGGGUUUCAUGGAAAGCAGUUGGUUCUUUGGAUCAGUGCUCUUUCUACAAUCUUUGUCUCCCUCUUACUGCUAAGAAGUGACAGUGGUGUCAAUGAACUGAUGGAUGAACAGAAAUAUCUGACUGUACAGUAGACACUGAUUUUUUAUAUAUAUAUAUUUAUUUCACAGUCUGUCACACUGUUGUGUUUACAUUUAAUCUCAUUCAUUUACCCAAAAUGUACUUUAGCAUUACAGAAUGUUGAACAACAGGUUAACAACCAAUAAAGGUAAAGAUCAUACCAGAAAUAAA